AUGUCAGACAACGGCAUUGGACCCGGACGCGAGAUCGAGGAGCGCACAGCGCCUCCACCACCUAAAAGACGGAAUCAGAGUAUUCUGAACUUCUUUCCUGCCUCGUCCAACUCCGAUACAGCGGUGAGUAGAAGCUCAUCAGGUAGCGCAGUUGAUGCUGGAGCUAGCGUCUUCUCUGACCUUGAUCAGGGAUUUACAUCAAGAAGUACUGCCUGCUCUUCUGCGUGUUGUCAAGAGACUCUGUCACCGUUCCAACUCAAAGACCCAGCUGUUAUAAACAACACCAAAAGGAAGCAAGGCAAGAAAUACAGAGCAUUUUCUCCCACUUGGUAUACGAGCUAUCCUUGGCUGACUUUGUGCACAACCAGGAGCAAAGUCUACUGCACAUAUUGCAGAUAUUGUAGUAGGAAAGGGUUGCUAGGUCUGGCCACUAAAGGAGAAGAUAACUUUAUUGACACAGGGUCUGACAAUUGGAAAAAGGCUCACGAAAGAUUCUCUGUACAUGCUCAAUCUGGUCAUCAUAAAGAAGCUGUUUUUAAAGCUGAGCAACUAAAGCAUGACAGUGUGGAUGCACUCUUGUGCAUACAAGCUAUGGUUGAUCAAAAACUUCACCGGCUAAUGCUGCUGACUCAGUUAUCAACAUUGAGGUACUUGCUUCGACAAGGAUUGGCUGUUAGGGGUCACCAUGAGGAAGAAGGUAACUUGGCUCAGCUUUUGCUCCUGAGAAGUAAUGAGAUCCCUCAACUAAAGGUUUGGCUCAAGGAGAAGAAGUAUUGUUCCCCUGAAAUUCAAAACGAACAGAUUUCUCUUAUGGGAUUGUGUGUUUUGAGUGGUCUUUUGUCUGAAAUUAGAAAUGCACGGUACUAUUCCAUUAUUGCUGACGAGGCAACAGAUGUUGGUCACAAGGAACAACUUGUGGUUUGUAUCAGGUGGGUGGAUGAUAAUUUUGAUAUCCACGAGGACCCAAUUCAGCUUAUCAAUGUUCCAAAAACUGACGCACUGACUUUGACUACUUGUAUCAAGGAUUGUUUGUUGAGAUGCUGUCUGCCCAUGUCUCAAUGCCGCGGUCAGGCAUACCAUGGUGCAGGUAAUAUGAGUGCAUAUUUAAAUGGUGUGGCGGCUAAAAUUCAAAAUGAUGUACCAUCAGCACUCUACGUGCACUGUCUGGCCCAUUGCACUAAUUUAUGUUUACAAACAAUAGGUCGUCAGUGUCAACCUGUAAGAGAUGCAUUGGAUCUGGCCAGUCGUGUUGCUGAUCUUAUUAGAUACUCCCCCAAAAGAUCGUUAUUAUUUCAAGCUCUGCAGGCUCAACUACCUCCAGGCUCUGACCGUUCACCUUCGUUAAAACUUUUGUGUCCUACAAGGUGGACUGUGCGCACCUCAGCACUGCAUUCGAUUUUGAACAAUUAUUGUGUGCUGUGUGAAACAUUACAGAAGGUUAAUGCUGAAUGCCACGAUGAGUAUGGGCGUACUGUAGGUGGGUACCUUGCUCAAAUGGAAAAGUUUAGUACGUAUCUCGGUCUCAAAAUGUCUCAUUUAAUCUUUGGUGCUGGUGAGCAGCUAUCCAUAUCAUUGCAGGGAAAAGACACAACUUUGCAGGAGGCUACGACAGCGGCAGAUUUAGCAGUAUGUCAUCUUGAACGGCUGAGGACUGAUGAGAAGUUUCAUUCGUUUUAUGAGGAUGUAGUCAAAUGCUCAAAGAAUCUCACAGAGUCACCUUGCCUCCCAAGAUACAGACGUCCACCACAAAGACUGGAUGAGGCAGGCUUAACUAGCCAUGAAUUUUCUUCCCCUGAAUGUUAUUUCAAGCAGCAGUAUUUUGAAGUGUUAGAUUUGCUGGUUGAUGAACUCAACGACGGUUCCAGCAGAAGAGAGGUAUGCCUGUGGCAGCUACUAUUGAGAAGCUGCUAUUAG